AUGAGUGUUGAAAAUCCAACCAGUGAUAAUGAUUGUGAUGCAGGUAAGGUAAACGGUAAUAAAAGUGAACACGUGAACGGCGUCCACAACGGAUACAGCAGUUCUGAAAAACAUAAGAGCAAAAGCAGUCACAAAUCUUCGAGCAAAGACAAGCACCGCGACAAAGACCGUGACCACAAAAGCUCGUCCAAACAUAGCAGCAGCUCAAGCAGGGAUAAGGAUAAGGAAAAACAUUCAAGUAGCAAAAGUCAUAGCAGUUCUCACAAAUCCUCAAGCAAAGAUAAGGAACGUGGAGAUCAUAAAGAUCGCAGUGAAAAAAGUAAAGAACGCUCAGACAAAGAGAGGGAUCGUAGUGAUAAAGAUAAACACAGAAGUGACAAAGAGAAACAUAGAGAAAAGAGUGACAAGGAAAAGGGAGAUAGAGAUAAACACAAGCAUAGUAAUAAUGAUGCAGAGAAAAAGUCAUCUUCAAAGGACAAAGAUAAGGACAGAGAACAUAAAAGCUCCUCAUCAAAAGAUAAGGAAUAUAAGUCCAAGGACAGAGAUAGGGAUCGAGAAAAAGACCACCACAGAAGUGAUAAGCAUCGUAGCGAUAAACACUCCAGCUCUAAAGACAGACACAGCUCUAAGAAUAAGGAAAAGGGUUCUUCUGAUCGUCUGGACAAAAUUAAAUCAGAAUCAGAUUAUCAAGAGUGUGUUGUGAAAGAACAGCCUAUGCAGGUUGAUGAACCAGAAGUGAAAAGGGAAAUAAAAGAAGAAAGUGAAGAUGGUUUUACUGGGGCGAAUACAACUGCCUCAUCAUGUGACUAUUCUUUGUCACAGUUUAAGGAUGAACCCCUUUCAGAAUUGCCCCUAGAGGAAGAUAGUGAAGAGGAUACUCCAUUGUUAGAGCGAAUGGCUGCAAAAAAACGUGCUGCAAGUGACAGUGAAGAGGAUACUCCUUUACUCCAGCGCAAAAAAUCAAAAAAGAAAGUGAAAAAGGAAACAAAUUAUGAUGAUGACAUGGAGGAUGAUGAUGAUGUUCCAAAAAAGAAAAAAAAGAAGGUUGAAAAGACUAGACCUGUGAAAAUCAAAACUGAAUCAGAUGAUGGUCCUAGCCCAACAAAGCGUAAAAAAAAGCAGGAGGAAGAACAAGAAGUGUGGAAAUGGUGGGAAGAAGAAAAGAAGGAUGAUGGAACAAAGUGGACUUUCUUAGAACAUAAAGGACCUUUAUUUGCGCCAGACUAUGAACCUUUACCAGAAAAUGUCAAAUUUCGAUAUGAUGGAAAAAUUGUCAAAUUAUCUCAAGGUGCUGAAGAAGUAGCCGGAUUUUAUGCUCGUAUGUUGGAUCAUGACUACACUACCAAAGCUACUUUCAAUAACAACUUUUUUGCCGAUUGGCGUAAAGUUAUGACACAUGAAGAAGCUAAACUAAUUAAGGAUCUCUCAAAAUGUGAUUUUAAAGAAAUGGGUGCAUAUUUUGCCAGUGUGGCAGAGAAAAAUAGAAAUCGUACAAAGGAGGAAAAAGCUGCAUUAAAGGCCAAAAAUGAAGAAAUACAAAAAGAGUAUGGAUUUUGUACAAUAGAUGGACAUAAAGAAAAAAUUGGAAACUUUAGGAUAGAACCCCCAGGGCUGUUUAGGGGUCGUGGUGAACAUCCUAAAAUGGGCAUGUUGAAAAAACGUGUUAUGCCUGAAGAUGUUUUGAUAAACUGUUCAAAAGACAGUAAAAUACCUAAAGCUCCCCCUGGACACAAAUGGAAGGAAGUGCGACAUGACAAUACUGUUACUUGGUUGGCAUCUUGGACUGAAAAUGUUCAGGGACAAGUAAAGUAUGUUAUGUUGAAUCCCAGUUCAAAGUUAAAAGGUGAAAAAGACUGGCAAAAGUAUGAAACUGCUAGAAAGCUUCAUAAAAGCAUUGAUAAAAUUCGGGAUACAUAUCGCAGUGACUGGAAAGCAAAGGAAAUGCGUGUUCGGCAGCGUGCAGUUGCCUUGUAUUUUAUUGAUAGGCUUGCAUUAAGAGCUGGUAAUGAAAAAGAUGAUGAUCAAGCUGAUACAGUAGGUUGUUGUUCCUUAAGAGUUGAACAUAUUCAAUUACACAAAGAGAAGGAUGGUAAGGAGUAUGUAGUUGUAUUUGAUUUCCUUGGUAAAGAUUCUAUUAGAUAUUACAAUGAAGUGCCAGUAGAAAAAAGAGUUUUUAAGAAUCUCGAGCUCUUUAUGGAGAAUAAAAAAGAUAGUGAUGACUUGUUCGAUAGACUUAAUACCCAAACACUCAAUGAACAUUUGAAAGAUCUGAUGCCAGGAUUAACGGCUAAAGUCUUUCGUACUUACAAUGCUUCUAUUACCUUACAAAGACAGUUAGAUGAGCUUACUGAUCCUGAUGCCUCCAUACCUGAAAAGAUUCUGGCAUAUAAUAGAGCAAAUAGAGCAGUUGCUGUGCUUUGUAAUCACCAACGUGCUGUACCUAAAGGUCAUUCAAAAUCAAUGGAAGCUCUAAAAGAAAAAAUACAAGCCAAACGAGAUCAAGUCGAUGAGGCAGAAGAGGACUUAAGAGAAGCUACAAAGGCUGCUAAACGUGGGUCUGUAAAAGAGAAAAUUGCAUGUGAUAAAAAGAAAAAGGCUUUAGAGAGACUGAGAGAGCAAUUAAAGAAAUUGGAACUACAAGAAACCGAUCGUGACGAAAAUAAAACUAUUUCACUAGGUACUUCCAAGCUCAACUAUCUUGACCCUCGUAUCUCAGUGGCUUGGUGCAAAAAGCAUGGUGUCCCCAUUGAAAAAAUCUACAAUAAAACACAGCGUGAUAAGUUCCGUUGGGCUAUUGAUAUGGCCGGUCCCGAAUAUAUCUUUUAA